AUGGAUGUUCAACUCUACGUCUACGACCUGUCAAAGGGUCUGGCUCGCCAGUUCUCUCUCUCUUUAACUGGGACUCAAAUUGAUGCUAUUUAUCAUACAUCGAUCGUUGUCAACGGCGUCGAGUAUUACUAUGGUCAAGGCAUUCAGACCGCGGCUCCUGGCUCCACCCACCAUGGACAGCCGAUUGAGAGGCUCAAAUUGGGGACGACCGAGCUUCCAGCCGAGGUGAUUGAAGAAUGGCUGGCCUCUCUGACUGAAAUUUACACUCCAGAGUCCUACGAUCUCUUUUUACAUAAUUGCAACAACUUCACCCAAGAUCUUGCCAUGUUCUUGGUCGGCAAGAAUAUUCCUGAGCACAUCCGGAAUCUGCCUCGUCAAUUCUUGGACACUCCAUUUGGUCAGAUGAUGAAGCCUCAGAUCGAAAUGGCUCUGAAAGGUGUCACGCAGGGCGCUGGUCCAGGUUUCCAGCCAUCACCUUCAAGGUCUGCGCCUCCUCCUCAGAUGCCUCAAAUGUCAGCUGCGGCCCAUCCUGUACCAAGUACAGUGCGCAAUGUGAGCAAUCUCGGCCAGCUUCAAAGCGAGCUGGCGGCGACAUCAGACUCUUGCGCCGUGAUAUUCUUCACGUCAGCUACAUGCCCGCCUUGCAAGGCUGUCUAUCCGAUAUACGACGAGCUUGCAGAGGAAGUUGGGAGCAAAGGAAGGCUCAUCAAGGUUGACAUUGGCUUCGCACGAGACGUGGGCUUGAGGUACAGUGUGCGUGCAACACCGACUUUCAUGACUUUCUUGAAGGGAGAGAAAGUCGACCAGUGGAGCGGUGGAAAUCCAGCCCAAUUGAAGGGUAAUGUGCGCAUGCUACUCGAUAUGGUGCAUCCGCCUCAUCCACACCAGAACCUUCGACUACCCAGCUUGCAACGGCCCAUCUCCAACUUUGUCAUGUACAAGAAAGUCCCGCCGCUUGAUAAACUCUUGCAGAAACUCCCAGCCGGAUUCAAGGAAGCCCAAAGCGUCGCACCCGUCAUUGAAUUCGUCAAGAUUCGUCACGCUGCCAGUAACGGCAAUUCCCCUGCAGCUGAUACAAGAGUACCUGACCUUCACUCGUUUGCUACUACUCUUCAAUCAACCUACCCUACACUCCCAGUCGAGAGCCAUUUCGCGGUUGUGGACCUCAUUCGCCUGUUGUUCCUUGACCCACGCGUGAGCGGCUACUUCGCCGAAGAGACCAAUCACACCACCCUCCUCACCCUCCUAUCACCACUCUCCCAAGAUGACCUCUCCUCAUGUCCCUAUAAUCUUCGCAUCGUCGCUCUCCAGCUCGCUUGCAACCUUUUCAACACACCGCUCUACCCUCAACAACUCGUUUCAUCCUCCUCGCCCUUGCGGGAGACCUGCCUUCGACUCGCGACAAACUCUCUCCUAGACUCACAGAACAACCUCCGCGUUGUCGCAUCUUCAUUUGCAUACAACCUCGCCGCAUAUAAUCACAACUCUCGAUUUGAAGGAAAGCCGGACCCGCUCUCGGAAGAGGACCAAGUCGAACUGGCCGCCUCCUUGCUGGAAGCUGUCUCGCAGGAAGAGCAGAGCCCUGAGGCUCUCCGUGGUUUCCUAUUUGCAUUGGGUUUAUUCAUCUAUGAAGCUCCGCUGAAUGGGUUGCUCGUCGAUCUUUGUCGUGCGAUGGGAGUUUCGGAGACGAUUGCUGCCAAAUCUAAGAUAGAGUCAGUGAAGAACGAACCAUUGUUGAAAGAAAUUGGCCAAGAGCUAUUUGGGAAGGGUCUCUAG